AUGGCCCAUCGGCGCACUUUCUCUGCCCGCUUUCCCGACAUGCACCAUGUCGCCCUCGACUCCCCGCCCCUCACCCCCAUGCCCAACCUCGCCCCCUUCGACUUCUCCCGCAAGCCCAGGGCACAGUGGAUCCGCAUGACCUUCCUCGCCCUCUUCUCCCUCAUGGCCGUCUCCGCCUACGUCCUCUUCCUCUCCCCGCCCGUCCUCCACCCGAUCGCUUUCGACCACUCCGACCAUCCCGGUCCGUCGCGCUGGACCCCAGACGCGCUCCGCCUCGCCGCGAUGCGCAACCACAGACCACCUCCCCCCGGCACCACCACCGCGUCCCGUCCGCAAAUCCGGCUGAACGAGACGGAAGAGCUCGGCGCGCUCUCAAGCUUCAUAGCCAGCCUGCCACAGAACAUGAUCCCCCAGACUAUCGACGCGUCGCACCCGCUCGACCCGCAGCUCGUCCUCGACUUCGACACCCGUGGCCCGCACGCAGAGGAGGAGCUCGCGGCGGUGAUGGACGACGUCUGGGCGCGGAAUCCGGUCAUGCUCUACUCCAAGAUCCAUUCACCCAUUUCGCGUGAGAUCAAGCAGACGCUUGCGUCGCUCUACCUCAAGCCGGCCCCAACGAUUGUUGAGGUCGACGAGCGACCGGACGAACAUGUUCUGACGCCGCUCCUCUUCCGCCUGACGAAGCAGCGGGAACUCCCGAUCCUGCUCGUCGGGGGCAAGGUCGUCGGCGCGCCAAAAGACAUCAAGGAGCUUGCCGUGUUGGGCACGCUCCAGAGCGCGAUCACGGCCGCGGGUGGCGUCGUCGACGGCGCGCGCAAGAAGAAGGCCAAGAAACUGUGA